AUGAUCUCUUCUUCUUCUUCUCGUUCAUCAAACGCCCACAAAGCUGUUCUCAUUUGUUGUGGCAUUUUCGAUCCGCCCACCUACGCGCACUUGAGGAUGUUUGAAAGAGCUCGAGACUUUCUCCAGAGGUGCCUUGAUUGGAGGGUGAUCGAAGGAGUGAUCAGUCCAUGCGGUGAUCAGCCCCGUUUCGCCGAGCUCACCCCGUUGAAGCACCGUUUGAGAAUGAUCGAGGCGGCGAUACGGAGGAGCUCGUGGAUACGUCUCUCCGACUGGGAAGCGGCUCAAUCGAAACAGCCGACUUGCAUGGAGCUCUUGAGGCAUUUCAAAAAGGAAUACUCAUCAAAAUUUGGGGAAACGGUUGAGCCGAUUCUCCUCUGUGGCGGCGAUGUGAUCGACGCGUUGAUCGAAGUGAAACGCUCAUCGGAGCUGCUUUGGAGUCAAAAUGAGAUGGACUCCCUUUUGGGCGAAUUCACAGUUGUAGUGAUUGCACGGCCGCACACAAAUCCCGCGAGAACCGCCUAUCUAUUAGAUGCAAUCAGAAAGCAUGAACGAAACUUUCACCUAAUUGAAGACGAGACCUAUCCAAACGAUGCCAGUUCAACACGGUUGAGAUUAGCUUUGCGCAGGGGUGAAUCGAUCAAGUAUUGCACGAGUGAUGACGUGGUCGAAUACAUCAAUGAACAAAAUUUGUACACACAACCAUUUAAUCAUCGUCCUGGAUGUGCUUUUUAUCAAGUAGCACAAGCCUCCUCUGAACACACCGUAUCCACCGACAAAUCUCAAACAACCUCAACAAUUCUGAUGUCCGAGACACAAAUCCCCUCAUCCGCUGAAAGUACACAAAGUGAAUCCGAUCGUGAAAAGAGGAAAUCAUCGCAAACGAGGAAUGUGAUCAGUGAACCUAUGCGACCAAAAAUGCCCGAGGAGCUGACUGAGCACCUUCCACAGUGCCCGCUCAGCAAGAAGUCCCCAAAAUUACCCAUAAGAGAUUACCCAAAAGAGAAUUCGAUCCAAGUGGAACAUCACCCAAAAUGCACGGAAUCGAAGGAGCCAAAGAAGGUAGUGAAAAAGACCCCACCAACGCCACCGAUGAGAAGAAGUUCGACGACGAAAAUGACAAAGACAAAAGAGAUUAAGUUUGAUCAAAAAGUUUCACGCCAAGCCGAUCAAAUCGAGGACAUUUGGGAGCCAUCGACUUCAGAGGACACUACGAGAACGGAAAAUUUGGAGGGAGGAGUGGAUAUUUCUGAGCCUCUGCCAUCUCCACCAUCACUGAAAACUAAUGGACAUCAUGAAUCAAAAAACUUUUCCGUACCCGAAGUGCCAAAGAUACCUCGUGUCUCUUUACCGUCACACAUCACCGAUUGGCGAUUCGGAUAUGAGAGCCCGAAUUACGAUAAUGUGACGUUAGACGAGUUGCUCGAGGCGAGCACGAGUUGGGCUGAGUACAUGUCGGCUGAAUGCAAGAGAUUGAAUGCUGAACGUGAAACCUCGGUCCAAUCGGUUGCUCACAGCGAGCCACAGCCGCUCAGAACGAUUGAAAAUGGGAGGAAUAUCCCGAAAAAUCGAGGAGUGAGAAGCCAAGGAGAUCUCCAUACGAAACCCCCACCACCGCUCAAAGAACCACCGGAUAAGAAAAAAGUUUGGCCGUUCAACAGGAAUGCAAAAUCAUUGAAGGAUAAAGAGCGUGAAGAAAGAAACCAAGAUGAGCCAUCGAAUGAACAGAUUAAUGGAGGCGUUAGUGUGCCGAAUCUCUUGAAGGCUGCACAUAAUGUCCGCUCUUCUCACUCGGUCGAGCAAAAGAAGUCCAUUCGUUUUGCGUCGGGGAUGGCUAAAAGUGCCGAAAACCUUGCCAACGAGCGAGCUGAGGUGGACGAGCGAGAGGAAAUGAGCAAAAGUAUGCACGUUACGAGGAGAUCCCGGCUCGAUGAUGGAAUGAGUAAAAGCUAUCACGGGAAUAACAGAAGAUCAACCGGGGAAGAUGAGGGAAAUGAAGGUGAAGAUGAUGAUGGAAAGAUCACUCUCUCGUUCAGAAGGUAUCGAUUGGCGGCAACCCCGGAGACAACCGUG